AUGGCACCUCCUACCAGUUCCUUCAAAGCCGCAAGCACAAAAUCCACCUCAACCUUCAUCUCGGCCUUGAUCAUCUCAGCAAGUGUCGCUGGAAUUCAAGUCGCCGCAUUUCUCAUCCUCAGAACCAGCAUUAGAAAAAUAUACGCCCCCCGCACAUAUCUUCCCAUCCCUUCCAAACGAGCACAGCCCGUCUCAGUCACACCAUGGGGAUGGCUCCUCCCUACGCUCACGUCCCCCUCAAAGUCGAUGAUCCCAACCGCCGGCCUCGACGCCUACAUGUACAUCCGCUUUCUGAGGAUGAUGAUAUUCAUCUUCGCCCCAACCUCUUGUCUGGUCGCGGUCGUCUUAUUGCCGCUCAACUCGGUGGGUACCAGUGUCUCCACCACCGGUCUCAACAGCUUUGCCUUCGGAAACAUCCCCGCAAACCAACAGAUACGAUACGUCGGCCAUCUGCUAUGCGCGUACGCAAUCACUAUAUGGACCGUGUUCCUGAUCCAAAAUGAGAUGUCCGAGUAUAUCCAAGUCCGUCAACGAUAUCUAACACGCCAGAGCCAUCUUGACCUGCCCCAAUCGCGCACCGUCCUGGUGACCGGCGUGCCGAAGAGCUUCCUAUCCUCGGAAGUGCUCAACUCACUCACAGCCCGGCUGCCCGGCGGAAUCAAGCGAGUCUGGAUCUCGCGGGCACUCAACGACCUCCCGGAGAUCUACAAGAAGAGACUCGAAUGCGUGUCGAUGCUGGAGUCCGCCGAGACGACGCUGGUGAAGAAAGCCAUCAAGCAGCACAGAUCCAUGCUCGCCUCGUCCCCCGACGGCUCCCACUCGAUCCCGCCCGAAGCCAUCAAGCGCGCCCGGUCGAAGGAGCACAGCGUGGCCGAGGAGCACGACCCCGUCGACCAGUUCGUCCGCCGCAAGUCGAGACCCAGCCAUCGGCUCGGCUUCCUCGGCCUCUUCGGAAAGAAAGUCGACACCAUCGACUACUGCAAGGACGAGAUCGUCAAGCUCACCAAUCAGCUCGAAGAGGCCCGCACCAAAAUCGACCAGCACCACCCCCACAACUCCGCCUUCAUCGAGUUCAACGAAAUCCUCGCCGCCCAAAUCUUUUCCCAGAUAGUGCUCUACCAAAAACCUCUCCGUAUGGCCAAACGUUAUGUCGAUGCGGCACCACAAGACAUCAUCUGGGAUAACUUGAAUAUCAACCCAUACGAUGAGCGGGUUCGGAACAUGAUCUCAUGGGUCAUCACCUUGGGGCUUGUGAUUCUGUGGUCUUUCCCGGUGGCGUUCAUCGGUUCCUUGUCUAAUAUCACUUCCCUCUGCACAACUGUUCAUUGGCUUUCAUGGCUUUGUCAAAGUCACAACCAUCUCCAGGAUGUCAUCCAAGGUAUCCUUCCUCCGGUCCUCUUGGCCCUGAUCUUCUUGAUCCUACCCAUGCUUCUCCGCCUGAUUGGGCGAUACUCGGGUGUACCCCGGAUUUCUGAGAUCGAGCUGAUCCUCAUGACUCGCUACUACAUCUUCCUCGUCAUCCACGGUUUCGUCGUCACCACCCUCUCUUCCGGUCUCACAGCCGCCAUCCCUGAGCUUUCAAAGGACCCCUCAAAAGCAGUCACCAUCUUGACCGUCAACCUACCCAGGGCCUCGAUCUUCUUUAUGACAUAUAUGAUUACCACCUCUCUGACCAGCGCGUCUGGCGCACUCCUCCAGAUCUUCCCCCUAAUCAUCUACUACCUCAAGCUUUUCGUUCUCGCAUCAACUCCUCGCAGCGUAUUCGACGUUCGCUACGAAAUGGCCCAGCCGCAAUUCGGAACUUUGUUUCCGAACACAACACUCCUGGCGACCAUCGGACUUGCCUACAGUAUCACUGCGCCCAUCAUGUCGAUCCUGGCACUCUUUGCCUUCACCAUCUACUUCGUCGUCUACAAGUAUCUGUUUUUGUUUGUCUAUGACGUUCCGGCAGCACACGAAACUGGCGGACGGUUCUUUCCCCUGGCGAUGAACCAUGUAUUCAUCGGGCUCUACUUCUCACAGCUCUGUCUUACCGGUCUAUUCUUCCUCGCGCGCGACGUCUCAGACAAUGCCAGCUCGAUCCCACAAGCCGCGAUGAUGAUAGUCCUCUUCGUCCUCACCUGUUUCUCUCACGUACUCAUCCGCAACAGCUAUGCCCCGUUGACGAUGUUUGUGCCGCUGAACAUGCUCGAAGAGGAGGUAAUUUCGAAGACCAAAAAGCUCAAACAACAGACCCCAUCGGCCUCCGAGAAGCAGUCUCCGGCCGAUCGAGUGAGGUUUACAGAGGGAUCGGCUCAGAAGGACUGGUCCAGCCCAGCCUCAGACAACACCAACGAAACAUUUGUCCAGCGGUCUUGCUCAGAAGCUGAUAUGACCCAAAUGUCGAUCUCCAAGUUGGAUGGCCAAGAGUUCUGCCAGACUGUUCUGACCCCUAUUGGCGAAGACGCGGGCGAAUACCUGUCCCAUUCCCAGAGACCUCCGCUCGAAAACCAUGCAAACGCCGGUGGUCACAGUUGGGGAGAAGAAAACUUUGUGACUGAGCAGAGUCGGACUGCUUUCUUGCAUCCAGCUGUGUGGGAAAACACGCGCCCCGUCUGGAUCCCGGAGGACCCGAUCGGGGUCGCCAAGCUCGAAGUUUUGGACAUGAAGGCUCGCAAAAUCCCGGCGUCGUUGAAAGGCGCUGAAAUCACAUCCUCUGGAAAAGUCUUUGUUACUCGAUCGCCGCCGGAGAAUGCGGAAGUAAUCGAGUUAGAGCGCAACAAGGUCCAGGGUAUCUUUGCCUUACCCGGGGCGUUGGGAGGUGUAGCCCGGGCGGCGGGUGGGACGAUUGGCGGACGAGUGAUGCGGAGCGCGUCGGCGAGGACGAACCAGACGCAUGCGCGGAACCACUCGAGCUCGUCGAGCACACAGUCACUGACGAACGACGGCUCGGCGCCGCCGCCGGCGGUUCCCAAGCUUCCGCUGGGGAUCGACAGUCUCAAGACGGGCCUGUCGGCCCUCGGACGCAGGAAGACCCUCAGGCCGUCCCUUGAGGCCGACGAUAGUCGCUUCCUCAAGCACAUGAGCGACGUCCCUGAGGAAACUCCGACUACCGCCGUCAACCCCGGGUUCGGCUUCGAGCCGGGAGAGGACUCCCACGAGCUCCAUUGCUUCGACCACGUCGCCGCUGCCCCCAAUCAGUCCCACCUCCUCCUCCGCCCCACCGAACAAGCUGAUCACCACUUCCACUCCCGAGUCCAUUCGGCUGAAUCCUCGGCUGCUGGAUGCUCCUCUAGACCCGACACCAGUCCUUCCUUCGCCUAUCACCCAUCUGAUCGUUAA